UAGCGCCAGACAGGAAACAAGCGGGCUUCCUUCUUUUGUACACAGCCUGCCUGGAGUACUCCAAGGCUCCGAAUCUGCAGCAAGGACAACGGGAACCUCUUUGGGGCGCCGCUUUUCAUCCCCUCCUCGGUCCCCCUUUCGGAGGAGUCGGCUUGCAGUCUCGCCAGACCCGCCGCCUCUCGCUUCCAGCCGCAUCCCAACGCGUCUGCCUCCCCGAAGGCUGCUCGGCUCGAUGCCUUUACCGUGAAGCCGAGGAGGAGUGCAAUCGACGCGCCUGGCUCUCGGUGCCCCAUGUUUUACAGUACAUGAACAGUGGGCUAGUCCAGGUGUUCCCUCUUCUGUUUGCGUGAUAUGUGAAUUGGAAAUUCAAGAGAAGAGUUGGCAGAAUGGAAGAGCUGAGGGACAGUCGGCCCAAUAUGUCAAGACCUCUGAUCACUAGGUCCCCUGCAUCUCCUUUGAACAAUCAAGGCAUUCCCACGCCAGCACAGCUAACAAAAUCCAAUGCACCAGUACAUAUUGAUGUGGGUGGGCACAUGUACACCAGCAGCUUGGCUACCCUUACUAAGUACCCCGAUUCAAGAAUUGGGCGGCUUUUUGAUGGCACAGAGCCAAUUGUUUUGGACAGCCUAAAGCAGCACUACUUCAUCGACAGAGAUGGCCAAAUGUUUAGAUAUAUUUUGAACUUUCUACGAACGUCAAAACUUCUUAUACCUGAUGAUUUCAAGGAUUACAGUUUGUUAUAUGAAGAAGCAAAAUAUUUUCAGCUUCAGCCCAUGCUAGGGGAAAUGGAAAGGUGGAAACAGGAUCGGGAGACGGGCCGAUUUUCAAAGUUGUGUGAGUGCUUGGUUGUGCGAGUUGCUCCAGAUCUCGGAGAAAGGAUAACAAUGAGUGGUGACAAGUCCUUGAUAGAAGAAGUUUUCCCAGAAAUUGGCGAUGUGAUGUGCAAUUCUGUCAAUGCAGGGUGGAAUCAUGAUUCAACACAUGUCAUCAGAUUUCCUUUAAAUGGAUAUUGUCAUCUUAAUUCAGUUCAGGUACUUGAGAGGUUGCAACAAAGAGGGUUUGAAAUUGUUGGCUCGUGUGGAGGAGGGGUGGACUCUUCCCAAUUCAGUGAAUAUGUACUUAGACGAGAACUCAGAAGGACAUCUCGUUCAUCCUCUGUCAUUCGGAUAAAACAAGAGCCUCUGGAUUAAGGCAUUUUUUUCUUACACAGGAACAAAAAAGAGGGACCUUUUCAUGUGCAGUUGGGACACCAAAAGAGCCCUGGAAUGAAAAAUUGAAUAAAGACACAUUUAUAUUGAAUAUAGAGACAAUACCUGUAUUCAUAUGGAAGCAUUUGGAAUAGUAAUAAUAACCUCAAGGUGUAAAAUAUGUAUAUCUGAAAAGUUAGAUAAUGCAAAAAGAAAAAAAAACCUAAAAAUGGUAGGUGAGGUUGGUGCUGUGAUGGCCAUUAAGUGUCCUAAGCCUUAGCUAGGCCUGAUUCAACAAUAAACAAGCCAUUGCUGUUGGGGAAGACUCACAACUCCUUUUCAUUUUCCUUUGCCAGCUGGCAAUCUGGCUUUUCAGUGUAUACACCUUGACUCAAGUUUGUUUGCAGAUGUUUGUCAUAGAGGUGACUGGGCACAACUUCAAUCCAUCCAUGACAUAAAAAAGUUAAUCAGUGGGAAUUUUAAAUGUAGCUUGUACAGAAGUCAUACACUUCCGUUGGCCUGACAGAUGUGAACAUUAUUCAUGUGGGGUUUUUCCCCAAAAGGAGCCAGAAUUUAUAAGUACUUGGUAGAGUUGCUCUGGUUUCAAUCCAGUGCUUUUGUAAGUUUAUUCAAACUUUAUAAUACAUAAAAUACAGCAAUUUCUUUUAAAAUGUUCUGUUUAAGCCAACACUAGCCAAAAAAUGUAAAAUAAAACAAUCAGAAUUAGCUUUCAGCUUGCUCUGUUAUGCAUUUGAUAUGUUCAGUGGACAAUAAGUGAUGUUGAGUUGUGUGUGCAACAAAAAUAUGAAGGCAUAAGAAAGUGAGUUACAGAAAAAUGAUGUGCUUUAUCUUUAGUAUGUCAUAGAAACAGUUCUGAUGCACCUUAUACUUUCUUUCCAUCAGUGAUUUUUCCAGCCUUGUUUCAUAAUUUGACAAGUGGUCAUUUUAGAGGAGCUCUUGAGUUCUGUACAAUAUUUUGUUAAGUGAUUAAAUUGAAAUCUGUACAACUAAUUUUUAACUGCUUCUAACACUAAUGUCUGUGCCUAGGAUAUUCUCAGCACUACUCAUAAAGUCAGACUCCUGAAGUUCACACUAAAAUCCCCCCCUCGCCUUUUCUACCUGUCCUACUAUGCACAGAUUCACCUAAGUUAUUAUCUUGGGGUCAUACUACAUGUGACAUUUUAAAAACAAGUUUGAUCCAGAUUCUGGACCCAACUCACUUUCCCCAUAGCCACACGGAUUGGGCCUGUAGUGAGAGGGGAGGAGUUGCUGCUGCUUCCCCUAUCCAGCUGUUUCCUGAACUGAAAUGGCCCUGAGUGAGUGUUAUUUGCCUCCAUUUUGGAGCUGCACAUGCACAGAAUGCUUCACAUGCUGUUCAAAAAUGGGGGAAACCUCUACCUGCUCACUUUAAAAUGUCACAUCUAGUUUGACAGUUACUGGGGAAAACAUAGGGUUGAAUCCAGCCAGUUUUUUCACUUAGUGUCACCGAAUUCCUCUCCUUACUACAGCCUUUUCCCCAUAUGGCUUUUGUCCAUGCAUGUCCCAUGAACCUCAGAACAGAUUUCUUUGGAGGACAUGGGGGAAUCCCCUCUUCCCCUUUUCACCAGUAGAAAACCUGGGUGGAUCCAACCCGUGCUUUUCAGCCUCUAGAUGGUAAUAUCCAAUUUGGCUUCUGUUGAUUCUGCCAUCUAGUGCAUCAUCUGACGUUAACCUCCAGUUUUGCUAACAUAAGGACUAUCACUUCCCCCCUGCCCCACCUCUUUUGCAUUCUGCCUUACCAAGAGACCUAUAUGUUCAAUUACUGCUACAGAGAUGUUUGAAUAACAACUAGGUUUUAUAUUUUUGAAGUGAAAGCAGCUAUUAAUUACUUGCCCAAGUACACCUUAGUGUAUCCUGUGAUUUGUGUAUCCCGAUCUAAUCUAAUUAAUCUUCAGAAAAGUUCCUGAAUUACCAUCUAAAGACUGUCGUGUAUUUCAGAUGGGUUUUCACUGUACUUUCUACCAGCAACAUCUUUUUCCUCUCUCAUUUUGCGUAGCCCACUGGGUUGGAUCCUAUGAAUCUGUUCUGGUACUGGAGGUGCUUUCAUCCAUCUAGUGGAAGGAGCAUUCCACUAACCCAAGAACAUCUUACUUGGGGAAAGCUGUAUUCUUCUGAAAAAUAGCAAUUCUACUAGCAGAAUGAAUCUUUGGGAUCCAACCCUCUUGAUGAUUUAUUCUUGUCUUUUUUUUUAGUUAUCAGGGAGUCACAAACUUUUGGAUUCAGUCCAGGUUCAAAAGUUUGUUUUCUAACUCUACAGGUUAAUUCUGGUCAGAUGUUAAGUUUAAAAAAUAGUUUGGUAACUGUUUCAGACAUUGUGGACGACUUAGUUACAUCUCAUAAAGAACAUCGCACUAUUGCCUUACAAUAUUAGUCUGUAAAAUGGGAGGAAAGAGAGCUCAGUUUCGACUGGGGGCCAGGGUUAGAUCAUAUUAAACAGUUUUAACCUGAUUAUUUUAUUAAUGACUUGUAACUUUGCCUGAGGCUCUCCUGAGUGACUCGGACUAAAAUUUUCAUCUCUGGCCACUAUCAGAGGAGACUUUCUACCCAGGAAAGAAUCAUUGCAUAGUGCUUGGUUGGGUUAUGUGUUUUUGUACAAUUUGUAAUUUCCUGGUACAUAAACCUAGUUGUUGAACUAUAUGCAAUAUCAACAUAAAGUCACAGUUCCUUUUCUUCCCUGAGCCUUGUUUUUUUACUUUGUCUAUGCUGCAUGUAUUAAAACAGUUUCUGCACCAUGAACCUUCAAGCCUUAAUUUUUUAAAAAGUAAAACAAGCAAUAUGCAAUUAUAGAGGGAAAGUCUCUCCUCAAACCCAGAGGUAAUGUUUUAGGCAUAGCCAGCCAGGGAGGUCUUGGGCAAAAUAACAAAGAUUGCUUUAUUAAUCAGCUUAAACCAGCUAAACAUCAUCUCCCCACACACACACACACACACCCUUUCCGCAUCUUCUCAUAGCCCGCCUGCCUUUCUUUUAAAUAUUCUCUCCUCUACCCCCAGCUUCUUAGGUCACUCACUUUUCUUUCAAGAAGCCCCGCUAUUGGCAAAAAAGGGACAAGUAUGUACCCUGUAUAGAUAUGGUAGAAUGGCUGCAAGGAGGAACUGCAGAGCCAAGGACGCACAAGAACCUGCUAGCCCCAGCUCACGAAUCCUUCACACUGAGGCCUUGUUUUUGGACAAUAGCUCUGGGUGGGCAAGCCUCUACUUGAGCACCAAGAGGCCUACAAAUCUCUCCUGCUGCUCCCCCACUUCUUUUCAAAAGAUUCACCGGGAAAUACAAUUUCUCCAAAUAUAACCAGAGCAAAGAGGAGGCUUCACCGCCCCUCAAAAGAAUCUUCUGAAUGCCUGACUAUUGAACCAUAUAUUUUGAGCUGAUUGCCACAUUUUUAUGUUCAAGAAUUUGGUUCUUUUUCACAACAACCGAGAGAUUUUAGGUUCAGUUUCGUUUCACUGGAAAACCUCCCUGGACCAGCUUUUGUGUUGUUUUUUUCCAAGUUCAGGACCAGCAUGGCUGCUUAACAUCCCUUUUGCCUAAGUUGUUCCAGUUGACUACCAAUUUAAAAUAUCUCACCAAGAGAUUACAGAGUAAGUGUUCAACAGAAGGCUUAAAUUGUUCAUGAAAAGAUAUUUUGAUGCAUAACACAGUAACCCCUUCCCCCCAUUAUUCAUUCUUCAGGUACCUUUUUAUAUGCAAUACUGCAUUCUUUGACUACACAAAUUUUCUUUGUAAAACUAUCCAUAGCAACAAUGGUACAAACAUUUCAUUCCUUUCAGUAAGAUUUUAUUUGGAAAAAGUUGAAUAUAGAGCUCCAUGUCUACAUAAUAGACAUCUAACCACAAGAAGUUAAAGGUUAAACUGUGUUAGUUUAGUUAUGUAUUUUCACAGAAAGUACCUGAUAAAAAACAGUCUGGAGAAUAAUAAACCCACAUAGAAUUAUUCAGUGUGUUGUUAGCAAAAGAGUUUCAUUUGAUGUUGUCCCACAAGGCUAUGUUUAUAAAAUAAACGCGGGGGGUUUUUUAUCCAAUGUGGUGUCCACCCAGCAUGGUUAAUAUAAAAAAACUGGAUAAAUCUGCAGUGACGUUACUGUAGGGUUGCACUGAGAAAGGGGCUUAACUAAUUUGGACAUUCAUAGGUCUAUUGAACAGAUAUAUUUGGAUCACAGUUCACUGCUUGAGGUUUUCAAUAAUGGCAACUAGUUCUGAUGUAAUAAAAGUAUGUGCAUUUUUAUUUUUAUUUUGCACUGAGGUGAAAUUGAAGGAAUCUAAAUACUAGAAAAUCAGCUUUUAAAAAUUUGUUCUUAGCCCUGGGGAAAUCUGCAAAAUGUUAGAGAACAUACUAAUUUAAUAUCUUCUAACAAACAUUGAAAGUUACACACUUGCCCCACUUAACCUUUUAAAAAAACAGUACAGAGCUGGAAUUGAAGAGUGACUGAGGCUCCUUGAAAAGUGGCUCUUGUUGGGGGCCAACAGACUAUGCCUGGUUUUGAACUCUGCAUUGGGAGGAGCACUAUGACACAAACACUGUUGUAUGAAUUUGUGUUCUUUAUAAG